GGCCAACACAAUGGAGAUGCGAGUCAGCACAGACGGGGGCGAUACCUGGAAUCACGCGCAUUUCCCAGUAGAAAUCAAGGUCAAGCGGGAUCUGGCUCUUGCUGAGCUCGAGACUACGGAGUUGGGUUACCAGAUCCUCGAUGCCAGUGAGGGUAGUGUGUUCAUCAAUGUGGACAACGACAAUGCCGAUGGCAAGGGAUUGCACACGGGCAACCUCUACACCUCUGACUCCUCCGGUACAUCGUAUUCUCUAUCGCUGACGGACAAUCUCUAUCUGCAAUCUCUGCGCAACGAUUUCCAUAAAGUGGCCAGUAUCGUAGGCACGUACAUCACCAACCAGCUGGUCAUAGAGGAGGGUACCUACAUGCAGGAGUUCCGAACUGUCAUCACCUUUAACAAGGGAGGCGAGUGGCGACCCAUCAUCGCCCCGACGGUGGAUUCGGAUGGGGCCGAUGUUGGCUGUGAUGAGUGCUACUUGCAACUGCACAACUACGUCUCCCAAGCCACUAUGGGGCUACAGCCCAUCUUCAGUCUCGAGAAUGCGGCAGGGCUAGUCAUUGCGCACGGAACGAUCGGUCGAUAUCUGUCGACCAAUGCACAGACCAGCCUGUUCUUGUCCCGAGAUGGCGGUUUCACUUGGACUAUGAUCCUUGACGGAGCCUACACCUUCGCCGUAGCGGACCACGGUGGCUUGCUGGUAGCCAUUCCUGUGGGCAAGAAACAGAACAGCAUCCUCUUCUCGUGGGAUAUGGGGCGUAGUUGGGAGAGUUUCCAGUUCACCGAUGUACCUAUUACCAUAGUGCGUGUUCUGGCCAAGCCCGGGUUUCAGACGCGUGUGUUCAACAUCUGGGGCAAUGACGCCGGUGGCCACUGGACCAUCACUACGCUGGACUUUACCGAGUAUCUGGGACGACCUUGCCUAGACGCAGACUACACCUCCUGGUCGCCUUCGGACGGGCGUAUCUCCAACCAGCGUUGUGUGUUGGGACACAAGCGUGUGUACAAACGCCGCAAGAACACAGCCAAGUGUUUCAAUGACGUGGACUAUGAGCUGGAGACCAGCAACACCUCGUGUCCAUGUACCAAGGAAGACUUUGAGUGCGACUACGGGUACUUCCGACCCAACAUCGACCAGCACUGUGUGGAGUACGCGUCCUUCAAUAUGUCCACCGUAGCCCCCUGCUCCAACGGAGAGGAGGAGUACGUCCAGAGCUCUGGCUACCGUCGCGUUCCCGGGGACUCGUGUUCGGGUGGCGUAGAGAAUCAGUACAUCUCAUCAAUGCUUGUGAGCUGUGAGUCUGAUAAGAGCACCCCCCUGGCGGCCAUAGUGGUGCCUGUGGUACUGGCGAUCUUGGCGGUGGCUCUGGUGGCCGUUGUGGCGUAUGUGUACAACCGCAAAAAGAACUACUGGCGUGCCCGUUACCUCGCCUUGGCCCAACAGGAUCAUGACGAUGAUAUUCAACACACCGGACUGGACAGCGAGAGCGAUGAAGACAGCGAAGACGACGAGUUGGAGGUCGCCGAUCUUGCGGACCCUAGCAAGGACAUGCACUGAAAACGGACAACAAAAACGAUUUAAUACGGUCACGCAAGCGCAAAGGGUGGCCGUACGAGUGCGUCAGGGAUGGAGAAAACGUAUUAGUGACUUUGAAAAACGUACCCGAGAUGUUGCGGAAGGGUUGUAUAAAUAGACAAAAAGGAAACCCACUCUGUAGUAUGAUCUGGCCAAUACUGCGGCAUCUCAUCGUUACGGUGUUCUUUCUGAGCGAAUUACGCGCAUGAUAAGAGGGUUGCCAUAGUUACACGUGCGCGCGGUACUGUGGGACAUUCCUACGCUGGGCUGUUGUCAUGGUAACGCGUACAACAAGGGGGUUUUAGUAGAUACACGGACGCGUGAUACUGUGGCAAUCGUUUUUGCGCCAUGACGACGCUGGGCGGCUGUCAUGGCAACUAGUGGCGGGGAGGCUAUCGUGCAAGUGUCCUAGUAAUAUUCAGGCAAUUAUUAAAGGCUAUUUUGAAGUUGA